AUGGUUGUGACGUAUAAUUCGCGAAAUCCAGCUGUCAAACGGUUGAUGAAAGAAGCACAAGAACUAUCAGAGCCCACGGAACUAUACUUUGCGAAACCUCUAGAGGAUAAUCUGUUUGAGUGGCACUUCACGAUAAGAGGUCCUGAAGAUUCUGACUUUCAGGGAGGUUUAUACCAUGGAAGAAUUCUUUUGCCUUCAGAAUACCCAAUGAAGCCUCCAAAUAUCGUAUUGUUAACUCCAAAUGGCCGUUUCGAAAUACAUCGAAAAAUAUGUUUAAGUAUUUCAGGAUAUCAUCCCGAAUCAUGGAGACCGUCAUGGUCUAUUCGUACUGCAUUGUUAGCAUUGAUUGGAUUCAUGCCUACUCAUGGUGUCGGUGCAAUCGGCUCACUUAAUCAACCAAAAGAAGAACGUCAACUAUUAGCUCGCAAAUCACAGAGUUAUGUUUGCAGUAUAUGUGGACCAACUAACAAUUUACUUCUGCCCUUAACUACAGCUUCAUCAUCAAUGAAUAAAGAAGCCAGUGAGGCUGCUGCUCAAAUAUCUAUGAUGAGUGAGGAAGAAUUUAGGAAUAAGAAAGCAUUCACUAAUUCAAACACACCUACCACUACUACUACUACUGCUAACAAUAAUGAUCAUCAUACAAAUUCUCUCUCCGGCAUUACAUCACAAUCGAACUUAUCAUCUGGGAAUCUAAUUAAUCCAUCGUUAACACCGUCCACUUCUUCAUUUACUACUCCAUUUGCAAUGCCUUCUUUAUCUUCUCCUACUCAAAGCAAUACUGCUAACAUUGCUGAAAAUAUGAAUUCAUAUCUAUGGACUGGAUUUCCGUCAUAUAUGUAUCCUUAUCGAAAUGAGAAUAUACCACCACAAAUUGCAUAUUGGUUAUGUUUUCCAGUAUAUUACCCUGUAUCGCCAUUUCCUAUGAAUGCAAACUCAUCAUCAUCAGUAGCGACUGGAUUAAAUUCGACUAUUGAUAGUGGUACAGCUAGUGGGGAACGUGUACCUUUAAGUUUUAGUGAAUGGUUAAAAGAAACUCGAGAAAAAGAAAAAUCUGCAGGUACUUCUGUUCAAGAUACAGUAUCUCCUUCCUCUUCUUCUUCUACUACUACUACCAUUAUUGAUACUACUCAAGUUACUUAUAUAUCACACAGCAAUGAGAACAUUAAGCCAACAACUUCAAAAACAUUAUCACCGGCUAAUCAAAGCAAAGAAAUUGUUGAUUCAUCAGAAAAUCAAGUUCAUACAAUAACUGAAACUAUUUCUUCACAAAAUAAAAAUGAAUCAGAUACUAAAGAGUUAUCUUCAUCCAGUAUAACUGAUAAAUCACCGGAAUAUAAUUCAAUGAAACAAACAAACUCAUAUGAACAUAAAGUUCCAGAUAGUCCAUUAGUUGAUGAUGGUACAUCAUCGAAAACUAUGGAUAACAGUAAUACUAUAGAAACUAAUGAAUCAUGUAAAGAGAAUAAAAGUGAAACACAAAAAACAGAUAGAUUACAUCAUAGAAUAAUGAAUCAAUCAAUGAAUACAUUAAAUCAUCAUGAUAAUAAUCGUAUAUCUAAUGAACAUAUUAGACAAUCUACAUCAUUUGUUCAAUAUCAUACAGCAACAGUAUGUGCUGUUGGUGUAGCUAUUGCUUUAUUUAUUAUUGUUAUGCGUCGAUUAGCAAUCAUAUUCCAAGAGGUUUAAUAUAAAAUAAAGUGGUGGUGGUGGUGCUGCUGGUGACAACAGAAACUAAAUUUCUUGUAACUAUAUGAUUAUUUCACUUCAAAAUUAUUGAUUCGUAUAUUCAAUGAAUCAAUUCAAAUCUUCAUCUUAUGUACCAUAGUAAAAAAAUCUCGAAAACCCUGGGGGGGGGUCUUUUGUUUAUUGAUUUUUCCACUGCCUUACCAACUUCAUUUAAACUUCCAUUCUAUUAAAGGAUUUCAUAGUGACAUUCUUUUCUUCAUAUUAAUAUACAGGUUAUGAUCAUUUCUUUUUUCUUUUGAAUGUUUAUCUAAUUAAUACACCAUAGUUACAAACAUUGAAUAGAAAUAGACGUAUAACAUGUUUAUCCCUUUAAGUAAAUUAGUUACUAUGACAACUUUAUGAUUCUAACAGGACACUUUUAUUUAAUUUUUUUGUUUGUUUAUGAUUUGAUUUAUAAAGUAAAUUUUGUUUCAUCUCAAGUAGUAAGUCAAUAUAAAGUAUCUAGAUGUAAAUGUAUAACUUGUAAACAAAAUGAAUAAAACUAUAUAGAU